AUGGCAAUUGAUAAUAUCACUAUUUUUAAUCUAUCUGGUGAUGUACUUUAUUGUGGUAAUGAUAGAAAAUAUUUUAGGUGUAUUGACUUUUAUAUUAAACAUUUAUUAACCCAAUAUUCACCAACUGUGUUUGUUAUUGACUCAGUCCAAUAUAUUCGUGUUAUUAGAAAUAAUCUUCAUUUUGUUUCAUUUGACUUAAUUAAUCAACCUCCUUCAAUAUGUAUAUCUCAUAUAUUUUCAAUUAUUACUGCAAUUACCGAUUUCUGUAAUGGAUUAUCAGAAACGAUUAUUAGGAAUAAUUUAAUUCGAGUGAGUGAAGUGAUUGAAGAAAUGCUUGAUAAAACAUCAAUCCAACCAUAUCAAAUUGUAUCACCAAUGUCAACUGAUUUUUCAAUUACACAAAUAUUCAAAACAAAUACAGAAACACGAGGAGUUUAUGUAGAACAUAUUGAAACACUUGAUAGCAAUGGGACAAUAAAAGGGAUUAUUAAUGUUAAAAGUAGUGAAUGUCUUCCAUUAACAAUGUAUUUAAAAUAUCCUGAUGAUGUUGAAUUUCAAGGAAAUAAUCCAAUUAAUGGAUUAAUAAAUGUACCAUUAACAUUUGGAUCUGUUCGUGUAUUAACAUAUAAAUUAAAAGGUGAUAUUGUUGCACCAUUUGAUGUUAAAAUUAAAAUAGAAAAAGGAAAUACAUACAUUAAAUUUAAUAGUAUCAUUAAACAAAGAGUUAUAGGGAAAUGUUGGUUAGUAUUUAAUAAACCAAAAUAUAUAGAAAGUGUUAGAGUAAUUGAUGGAGAAGGACAAAUAGAAGAUAAUAAUCAAAAUAAACAAAAAAUUAAAUGGAAUAUUAUAGGAAAUGGAAUAAUUAAAUUUAAUUAUAAAGAAGGGAUUCAACCAUUAACAAGUGAUUUUCCAUUUGUUUGUGUAGAAUUUGAAGCAGAAAAAACAAUAGUUUCAGGAAUAAGUAUAAUAAAAAUGAAACUUGAAAGAAAUGAUAUUCCAAUAUAUUUAAAACAAGCAACUAAACAAGGAUCAUGGACAAUUAAAAUUUUAUAA